UACAGAUUUUUUUACCGGGAUAUCCCUGCACUUAGACACUCAAAUAUCGAUGUAAUCACUGUCGCAUUAUGUCUAUUGCAAAAGGUCAUCUAUCAGUCAACAUGGUGAAGAAGAUUUUGAUCGUAGGCUGUGGGGUAACGGGGGCAGCUUCAGCCUCUUUAUUGCAGAAAACUCAAACUGACCCCCAGAAAUUCAAUGUCACGAUCUUUGAGAAAUCGAGAGGAACUGGUGGGCGCAUGAACACCAGCAGAAGUAGUACAAACCAGCAGACAGUAGACCUAGGCGCUCAGUACAUAAGUGUGAGACCUAACUAUGCACAAAUCAAUAAGAGCUUCCAUGAAGAGUUGCUGUCAAGUGGCGUCCUGCAACCCCUGACAGGAGUCAUAGAGGGCGACAAUAACCUAAUGCCUGAUGGAACACUCAACUAUACUGCUCCUGGUGGCAUUGGAGCGAUCCCGAAACAUUUCUUAAAACAAUCUGAUGCUGAUGUUUCAUUCUCCACUCAUGUCUCCUCCAUUGACCUGGAUCCAUUUGGUACCUACUGGCAAGUAAAAACACUAGAUAAACCAGAUGAGAUCAAGAGCUUUGAUGCAGUUCUACUCACUAUUCCUGUACCCCAGAUAUUGCAACUGAAGGGGAAUAUACAAAAUAUGUUAGAUGAAAAGAAAGAAAUCAAAGAGAAACUCGCCAAGGUGGCCUACUCUAGUCGAUAUGCACUUGGUUUAUAUUUCCCACCCGAAGCCAAGAUCAGUGUCACCUGGGCAGCCAAAUAUUUCUGGGAUGAUCCAUGUAUUAGGUUUGUCUCUAUAGACGAUAGGAAGAGAGGGAAAGAUGGAGUUGGUCAUUCCUUGUGCGUGCACACAAGCGUGCCUUUCGGUCUUAAACAUCUUGAGGAGGACAAGGAGGCGGUUCAACCAAUAAUCAUGGAUCAUCUCAGGAAAUUAAUACCAGACUUACCACAGCCUACAGAAACUAAGUGUCAGAAGUGGAGAUAUUCUCAGGUAUAUAAAGGCUAUGAAGGAAGUCCUGGCUGUGUAGUCCUACAGGACAGUCCACUUCUAGUCCUUGCCGGAGACAGUUUUAUACAUUCAAACUUAGACGCUUGUUUAGUAUCGGCAAAAAAGACUGCAGAUGUUAUUCUGAAUCAUGGAUAUCUAGCAGGAAACUUAUAGGAUUAUGUUUACAUGUACAAUGUUAGGUGGGAUGAAAAAUAUAUACCACCAUGUCUGCAUGUUGAUAGUAAUACGACCUUAAAUGUUAGAGACUAAUCAUUUGUUGUGGUGAUUUGUGUGUUACAGACUAUGAUAAUUUUAUAAAAGGUUGAGCUUUGUCGCCAACUGUUUCUUCAAAUGAAUAUACAUGUACUCAUUUGAAGAAAAAACUAUGCAACUUGCUUUUUGAUAGAAGUUCAGAGAAGUUCAGAUGGAGAUAGGAGUAUCAGUGUUUUGGAACUGGCGAUUACCUACCAGACUCUUAUACCCUGGCUAUCUGGUAAAACCGUGUGUACCAAUAGUGAUAUUGUUUUUCCUUCCCAAAUGAUGGGUACGACAAAA